CCAAAGUGCUCUGCUCUCUCCCAGGGACGCUCUGAGAAGUCCAGCGCCCCUUCGCCGGCCGGGUGGGCGAGCUCGGCAGCCAUGGAAGGUCUGGGAGGCGCCGAGCGCGCCCGUUCUGAGGAAAUGAGCGACGGUUUCUGACCCGGCGGCGGCAGCUGCAGCCCGGCCUGUGAGGAAAAGGAGCCGAGCGGCCCAGGCCUGGCGAUGAGUUGCCGCUACGGAGGCGGCGGGGCGGUUCGGUCGCUCCUGGAGCUAUGCCUUCAUUGUUUAACAAGAAACAUAUCCAAAUAUGCUGCAGAUAUUAAGCCUUUGCCUCCAAACAUAAAAGAUAAACUGAUUAAAUCAUUGAGUAUCCAAGGAUGGAUAACAGAUACAAAUAUUAGCAUGGUUCUGCACCCUGCAGUGGAGGCACUGGAUCUUCGGGAUUGUGAUAUUUCAGACAACGCCUUGCAACAGCUUUGUAACUGCAGGCAGCUUAAAAAAAUAAAUGUAAAUGUUUGGAAAAGCAACAGGCUAACCAUAACUUCUGAAGGUGUUGCAGCACUGGCCUUAUCAUGCCCUUAUUUGCGGGAAGCCUCCUUUAAGAGAUGCAGCAACCUAACAGACAGUGGGGUCCUUGCUCUUGCCCUCAACUGCCCCUUUUUACAAAUAGUCAACAUAGGUGGAUGCUUCAACAUCACAGAUACAUCCUUACAAGCCCUUGGACAGAACUGUAGAUCCCUGCACAGUGUGGAUUUUUCAUCAACCCAAGUUACUGAUGAUGGUGUAACAGCACUUGUUAGUGGAAUGUGUUCAAACAAUUUAAAGGAGAUCCAUAUGGAGCGAUGUGUGAAUUUGACAGAUAUAGCUGUGGAAGCUGUCCUCACAUACUGCCCUAUGAUAUAUAUUCUUCUGUUUCAUGGAUGCCCACUCGUAACAGAUCGUUCCCGAGAAGCAUUGGAACAGCUGGUUGGACCCAAAAAAUUCAAGCAGGUUUCAUGGACUGUUUAUUGAUUUUUGUUUGAAGUUACAAGGCAUUACUUCUUCCAUUUUCUUCUUUUUUGCCUCAAGGAUCAUUUCUGAAAUUCUUCUGACCAAUUUGUGCAUUUGCUGUUGAUAGUUUCAGUUGCCAUUCAUGUUUGUUCUUCUCCAAGCUAGGUUGUAUCAGUGUUCUGCUUCUUUGUGUCCUCAAUGUGUUGUUCUGGAAGUUUGUGGAAGAGGGCUUUAGAGCUCUACUUCUUAAAAAACAUGACAUUCUAUACUAAUAAAGGACCAAGAGUGAAUGAGGGAAUGCAAAAAAGCAGAAAGAACGCCAGCAAGCUAAAGGGAGCAAAUUCCAUGGAAGCAUCUUGUCAUGCUGCCUGCUCUGCUGUCACUUAUGUGGGGACCAGUUCUGUUUCUAGGCAUCCAUUUUAACUGGAGCCAUGAUUUGUUUGUGUCUGAAUAAAACUCAUACCUUCUUCAA